GCUGUUACGCUCGUGUCAAACUUUGGGAAUGACAGGAGUGCUGCAGGAUUCGCCAAAGAAGGAUAGGACGGCCUCGGCAUACUCCUCAGCCAUGUCGGAGGACCUGAGCUCCCAAACCUGGUCCAUCAACAAAGAUGACUAUGAGCUGCACGAGGUGAUUGGGAGCGGGGCCACAGCAGUGGUUCAAGCUGCCUACUGUGUACCACGCAAGGAGAAGGUGGCCAUCAAACGUAUCAACCUCGAGAAGUGCCAGACAAGUAUGGACGAACUCCUGAAAGAGAUUCAAGCCAUGAGCCAGUGCCACCACCCUAACAUCGUGUCUUACUACACCUCGUUCGUGGUAAAGGACGAGCUGUGGCUGGUGAUGAAGCUGCUCAGUGGUGGCUCUGUACUGGACGUGAUCAAGCAUAUCAUCUCACGAGGGGAACACAAGACCGGCGUCCUGGAUGAGCCCAGCAUAGCCACGGUGUUGAAAGAUGUGCUGGAAGGCCUGGAGUAUCUACACAAGAACGGACAGAUCCACAGAGAUCUUAAGGCUGGAAACAUUCUCCUUGGGGACGACGGUUCAGUGCAAAUUGCAGACUUUGGCGUCAGUGCCUUUCUAGCCACAGGUGGUGACAUGACUCGAAAUAAAGUGCGCAAGACGUUUGUGGGAACGCCAUGCUGGAUGGCCCCGGAGGUCAUGGAGCAGGUGAGGGGUUAUGAUUUCAAAGCAGAUAUUUGGAGUUUUGGGAUCACAGCCAUUGAGCUGGCCACGGGCGCCGCGCCUUAUCACAAAUACCCGCCAAUGAAGGUCUUGAUGCUGACGCUGCAGAAUGACCCCCCAGGCCUGGAGACCGGCAUCACAGACAAGGAGAUUGUUAAGAAAUACGGCAAAUCCUUCAGGAAGAUGGUCUCUUCGUGUCUACAGAAGGACCCAGAGAAAAGGCCGACAUCCUCAGAGUUGUUGAAGCAUAAAUUCUUUCAGAAAGCAAAGACCCAUGAGUAUUUACAUGAGAGGUUGCUCCAGCGGGCACCCACAAUAACAGAGAGGUCGAAAAGGGUACGUCGAGUGCCAGGUUCCAGUGGUCGGCUGCAUAAAACGGAGGAUGGCGAAUGGGAAUGGAGCGAUGACGAGCUGGACGAGGAAAGCGAAGAAGGCAAAGCAGCCGUUGCUGCCUUACGGUCACCAAGAGUAAAGGAGGGAUCACAGAAUUCAGAGGUUUUCCAGACUCCCGAGCCUUUAACUAGUCAACUCCAGCCGACGGCGGCAGGUCAGUCAGAACUACCUCAGGCUGCAGGCCAGGUCCCACUGCAGCCCACACCAGUCAACACUCAACCCACUGCCCAGGCUACAUCUCCCACACCAGGUGGACCUGCUGCUGCUCUCACACAGGCGCAAGUUGCCUCAGGAGAUGUGAAGGCUCCUAUUAGUUUGGUAUUAAGGUUAAGAAAUUCAAAGAAGGAGCUAAAUGACAUCCGCUUUGAAUUUAUGCCAGGGAGAGACACAGCAGAUGGUGUGUCCCAGGAGCUGGUGUCAGCAGGCCUGGUGGACGGGAGGGACUUAGUCAUAGUUGCUGCAAAUUUGCAGAAAAUAGUUGAUGAGCCUCAAGCCAAUAAAAAUGUCACUUUCAAACUGGCCUCUGGAACCGAGGGAUCUGAAAUACCAGAUGACAUCAAAUUGAUGGGCUUUGCUCAGCUCAGCAUUAGUUAAACUGUUGUACUACCUGGAGCCGUGACUUGCCUAAAAAAAUGUGAAAAUACAAAAAAAGAUAUAGUUAAAUGCAUUUUUCUUUCUAUGGCUGUAAAGAAACCACUACUGCCAAAGAAAACAGUACCUUUUUGUCGCCCAUCGGAUUAUUCAACGCCGCCUCGUUGAAUUCAGCUGAAGUAUCAGAGCGCACAUUAAAAGAAUCCCUCAAAAAAAGUUUACAGCUUAUAUGUGGAAGGAUGCAAGUAUGUACAAUGAACAGUUCUCACUUACCAUUCUGGUCUCAUUCAUCCUGUUAUUUUUUUCUCUCUAAUAUGUGAUGCAUUUGCACAAUCUUAACUAACAGCCCUUGAAUCUUGAUAAGUGUAACAAUGCCUUAUAUUCAUCAGAACUACUGAAUGCACGUUUUUGGGGGAAGUCCCUAGUUACCAUAUGGAGCAUUAUGUUGUCUGAAAUGUUCAAAUGUGGUUUCGGUUGCUUGCGUCAAACUUUUAACUUAAUUUUCAGAGAAGGUAAAAUGCAGCUUUACUAAGCCAGCUUUUAAGUUCAGACUCACUCCUGUACUCGACAAAUGUAAUGUGAAUUUACUUUUUCAGAAGGAUGUGAACACUCCCAGCCGUCCCAAUCUUUGAAGGAUAAGGCUAGUUUUAUUCUGUAUUUCUUGUAAUUCUGUCUUACUGUCUAUUAUCUGUAUGAAAAGACCAAAACCAACAAUGUGUUAGUCUCAGAGGUCAUAUUUAUGGCAAAAAUAAUUCCCUGAAACAGCUGGGCACUAUUAACAGCAGCAAGAGGGUGUUUGUAGGAUGAACUCAAAAUAAACUACCCAUGUUCUUCAUGUCACCCAGUGCAACGAUUUGACCCAAUUAUGUAUUUUUAGUAGUUUUGCGGCAAAAAACAGACAAUACAAAAAUGUAUACAUAUUGCCAUUCUUAUACUUAUAAGUAUUGAUACAACCAGCAUCAUUAUAAUGGAAAGUCUCCUGAUGAAAGAAAUUAGUGUGAAAGAAAUUGAUAAAGCUGUUAUUAAGUUAUUACACGUAUAUAGAUUAUCCACUACUUCAAAUUGAUAUAAACUUAAACACAUUACCUAAUUAUAAAACGUAAGGAGUUCAAGAUAAGGUUGAUUUUUGUCUUAAUUUUUACCAUUGCCAAAUUUUCCUGCUCUCAUUUUACUCAGGAUACUGGCCUGAGGUGUUUUUGCAAAUUUGAUUAUAUGUUGACAUUGUAGUAAAGUAUAAAAGUUUAACGACAGCUGAAACCACCAAGUGUUGUGUGAACAGAUGUGUCUGUCUGUUGGUAUUUGUGUCUGUUUGGAAUCAGUUUCUCAUAAAAAAAAAAGACUUAAGUGCAUUUUUGUUUAUGUGGGUGAAACAUAAGUACUUGAUUCAACCUCUAGUAUGUAAAUAAUUAUAUUUUCCUUUGGUUUGUUUUUAUACUGGGUGUUUCACUCUUGGCCUUUUUUUUUUUUUUUUUUGUCCCUAUGACACGAUCGUGGGUUGUAGCACUGCGUGAAGGAAGACAACGACACUGCAAACAUGACUUUGAAUAAAUGUUGCGAGACAUACUGUCACUUAACCGUAUGGCAAUUACAUAAAUACUUUUUGCCUUUGAAAAGUUUGAAUAUAUAUAUAUAUAUAUUUUACCAUGAUGCAAUGCUCAAUGCCACCUUAAAUUUCCCCAAAUUUUAAGCUGAGUAACAGCAAAUUUGUCUCCAGCUCUUAAUAAUACCAAGUGGAGGCUGUUUACAGUAUACUUAUUUUAAAUCUGAAACGCCAGCAAGGUUUUACUGUUUCAUUUGGUGACGUGAUCAUUUCAUAACCCUCCAGAUGCCAUAUUGAAUGAAAAUUAAUUUUUUUUUGCUUUCAGAAAAAAUGUUACAAGGAUAUCCUUAUAUUGUGACUUUAAACAUUUUACGUUUUACACUAGCCUUGAAUUGACGUCCAAGUGUUAUUGUUUAGUUUUUUUUACAUGACAUCAAGGUUUUGAUUCAAAUUUUCAGUGUCUUUCGUCCCGGUGAUCUCCUAAAAUGGGAGCAACUAAAUCAGCAACCCAAUGUUACUUUUCAUUUUAAAACUGCAGUAUUUGGUGCCAUUCUCCUGGUUUAGUCCGCAGCUGACGGCAGACAAGGACAGAAUAAGUGUGAGUGUGUGUAUGUGUGUUGCAUAGAUCGAGCCCUGCUUCUAACAGGGUUCAUGGCUUUGUUCUCAUCCUUUCUUCAUCAGUCUCUUCUGUCCGGCUUAAGUGUAGUCUAACAAAGCUGUAGCAACUGAACAGAUGACCGGCAAAAACAUUUUUGUCCAGGCAAUAACUCAUCGAGGCUGUAAUAUAUUUAAAUUUUCAAACAGUUUUUUUCCAUUCUUUCAUUUGGUCAUUUUGGAGUUCAAAGCAUGUUUCUCUUGAUUAUUUUUAAUCAAUAAAGAAUAAGCAU